CCGACACCCGCCUCUCACCCAGCUGAUCCGACCCGCGUUCGCCUCUCGGAGCUCCGGGACUGAGCAUGUCGGAUAGGGCGGAGGAGGGUGAGCCACGGGCGGAGCAGCGUGCCAGAGCGCCCCCCAGGCACCACCACCACCAGCAGCAGCAGCAGCAGCAGCACCAGAGGACCGAAAGUGCAUCAGCAAUAGCAUCCAGCGGCGACCGCGUGUCUCUCCUGAGUCCGGAGGUCAUGCUGGGCCAGACGUGGAGCUGCUGGGUGGACGCGGUCAAACUGCACGCAGCCGACGGUGCGGAAACAGAAGACGUUUUUAAGGAGUGUGGAAGAAACCGAGAAGCCAUGCGACUGUGCAGAGAGGAUAUGCCCAUUUUCGGCCAGUGUCCGGCACAGGACGACUUCUACCUGGUCAUGUGCAGCCACUGCAGUCAGGUAGUGAAACCCCAGGCCUUCCAAGCACACUACGAGAGAAGACACAGUUCUGUGAAUAAGCCAUUGUCCUCCUACCCCUCCUCGACUCCGGGCCUGUCCUCCCGGCCUCGGAGUGCAGGCGGGGGUAGCGGCGGUGGCAGUGGCAGCGCAGUGCCCGUGGGUGCCUCCUCCUCUUCCUCUGCGGGGAGCAACAACACCCACACAGCCAAAGAGAAGCUGCCUCACCGGAAGCCUCACUUCCCCCCGAAGGUGCAGCACGACGACAUUCUGCCCGCAGCGGUCAAAGUGGAGAAGAUGCACCUGAAGACCGAGAACGCCUACUCCAAAAUCGCCCACGCGCCCACAUCUUCCUCAUCCUGCUCUUCCUACAGUACUGUGAGCUCCUCGCCCUCCAAGCCAGGCCUUAAUAGCCCAUCCGUACCAAAGCCUCCGCUGCUGUCCCCCGGCCACAUCCCCAACGGAAAGGGUCACCUGUCUCAUGUGGACAAAAAGCAGGACAGCAGCACCAACGCCAGUAGCAAGCGAGUCAACCGGAGACAGAUAGAACGGGAGUUUAAUCCGGAUAUCCACUGUGGAGUUAUGGAUAUCGGAGCUCGUAAGCCAUGCACAAGAUCCUUAACAUGCAAGACACAUUCCUUAAGCCAGAGGCGGGCGGUGCCCGGGCGGCGGAAUCGCUUCGACACGUUGCUAGCGGAACACAAGAGUCGAGCGCGAGAGAAAGAGUUGCUGCUGCAGCAGAGCAAGGCGGAGCCGGUACAGCAGAAUCCGCCCCCUCUCAGGGACCCCCACCCAGCCCCUCACCACGGCAACAACCCUAGCGCCAGCACCAUCAGCGAUGCCACCAAGCCUUUCGCCUUGAGCAGAGCCAAACCCCACAAUCCUGCGCUUCCACGAUUAGGGGAUCCUGCCGUCCCCCCUGAUUUCGCCCAGCACCCUCACUCGGCGCCCACGGUCGAUGGUGCAGCCUGUCCCUCCAGCGAUGAGUUUGAGAAUGAGGAGAGAGAAGAGAGCCUGGACAAACUGGACUGCCACUAUUCAGGUCACCAUCCACGACCAGCCGCUCACUGCACUUACGGAAGCCGACUGUUCGGGAGAAGCUGUUACUCGUUCGAUCGGCGCUGGGAUCGGGUCCGGUGUGCGCUGGCGAUUAUGAUGGACAAACACGUCAACUCGCUGAUGUGGAAAAAAAUCCCGCUGGCGCUGGAAAAUUCGUCCCCGUCGGUCACGUCCCACCGCUCAAGCACAAACUCUCUCCCUUCCCAGGGGUUCCUCAGCCCCUCCCCUCCACCACCGUACAGCCAAUCGCACGACGGCAAGCCCACGCUGUCGUACGGGACCACCCUGAAUGCCCGGGCCACGUCGCAGAGGGCCGGAGAGCAGCUGGCGUACAGCGGCGGUAGCGGCUCAUCCAGACAAGUGUCCUCGUCCUCACCCCAGAUGCCUUCAGCCCACUCGUCCUCGCUGCCGUCCACGCCCGGCUCUGCUAAACCUGUCAAAUCGCGCUCGGGGGCCAAGCACUUCCGGGUCAGAGAGCCCUCGGCGGGUACGCUGCCUAGCUCUAGUGCUAACAGCAGCAGCAGCAGUGGUAGCGGUACCGGUACUGUCAGCGGGAGUGGGAUUAGUAGCGGUAGCGGAAGUACGGCUGGCCCCGGAUCAGCGAAGAAGCGCAAAAACAGCUCGCUGCUGAAAUACGGUGCUGACUCCUCCCCUUCCUCCUCCUCCUCGUCGUCGUUUAAGAAGAACUGCGCGCCGAACUCGGGCACCUCAGGGAGCGGCUUCCACUCCACCGUAACGUCCACGCCGUCAUCCGUGGCUUUCUCAUCGUCGUCUUCAUCGCACAGUCCGGCAGCGAACUGCCCCCCGGGCCGCGCCAACUCCCACGGCGCCAGACAGGAGACGGCCGAGCCCAUCAAGCGCAUGAGCGUCAUGAUGAACAGCAGCGACUCCACGCUCUCGCUCGGGCCGUUCGUUCAUCAGAGCGGCGACGCGGACGCCAGGAACGAUACCAAGAAGAGGAGGAGCUCACCAGCUAGCAGUGGCUUCGCUAACGCAGCUACCUGCACAGGAGGAGGUGGGGCGCAGGGGCCUGGCAGGCCGAAAAUGGCCAAGUCUCCAUCCAUUAAUAACAUCCACAGCAAACAUGCACGACCUCUGCCAGGAGCGCCAGGGCUCUCCAACAACUCGCUCAUACAUCAGUCGAAGGCCCGUCCCUGACACAGGUGGGCCGGCUCUGGGGGUGCGAAGCGGUGGAGCGGAGCUCCCUUAGCGCCCGUCAUGCCACACUGCACGAGGCCUUCUUCUUCUUCUUCUCUUACUCUCAGCUUCCCACAAUCCUCAGGGUGGAGAGCUCACUGGGCGGCCCGUUAAGGGCACAUCGGAGCAGGAGCGAGGUGCGCCGGCGAGGUGCGCCACGAGGGGCACGUCGGGGUGCGUGCCGCUCGUCAGACGGCCGCUGGAACGUGCGGCCGCGGGUGAAGCGGAGGUACACAAGGGCUGGUACGGUGCCACGCCGGAGCUGUGAAGGGACAUGAGCUACAGCAGCAUUUCGUACACCUGUGUGUGUGUUCGCGCGUGUGUGUGUGUGUGUGUGUGUGUAUGUGUGACCGGGUGGUUAAUACUGGAUACUGAACACUUUAGCCUGUAAUCAGCACGUCAGAGUAGCGCCCAGGAAAACCAGGGCAUAUCGGAGGGGGUAGCGUGGUGUAGAGGGGGCAAAACACUGCAAUCCCGUUCAGUUAGUCUGAGGCCACAAGUGAAUAUGAUCCUAUUCUGCUCAAUCUUGGAAAAACGGACAUGAAUUUUAAAAUUUCUAAGCACUCGAGUGUCUCAGAUUAUCUUCUCAGAAUCGGAUCGUCUCACAGGGUGUGGUGUCACUUCACACACUGUAGAUACAGUCAUGAGCUGUAAACCAAAGUCAGAAGCCUAUUAGUUGAAUUCAUCCUGGUGUUAACCAUCAGAUUGCUUUGUUUAAUGAUCUGAAAUCAUUUAGCACGAUAAGACAGCAUGCACUCGAGCUGGCAUGGACUCCAUAAUCCAUGAUUCAUGUUCUCCCAGCCUGAUUUCACAAAAUUCCAAAGAGCAUCUUGUGAUGUUACUGGAUGUUUGGCUUACUUAGCCUCCAAGUGCCUGAUGAGUUCAGGUGACUGUGGAGCAAUUUAUUAUUCAUUAGGCUUUUAACGUCAUGUUUUACACACUUUGGUUCACGGUGAUUAAGUGGGUAGCACUGUCGCCU